AAUGUAAUAUGUUGUCUAAACCUAAACGUAAAGGUAGUAUAGAAAAUUAUGUAUUUUGUUGCGGUAUUUAAGCCUACCUUUGAGAUGUAGGGAAUUUGUUAUGUUGUAUUAAAUAUGUUUGAAAAUGUAUAGUAAUAAUAAAAGUUUCAAAGGCCUUGUGCCAAAAAACUUUUCAGAACAGUUGAAUGUUUCAUCCUUAGAAUUUGACAUAAUGAAGAAUUCUAGACGUGAGUCUGGAUCUAUGUCAAGCAAGCAAUCUGAAUGGUUGCCUUUGCAUCACUACCGGAACGCAAGAGAACAGGAAUUCGGGAGUAGGCCUCAGCAACAUUCAUCCCUGUAUGCCAAUACUCCUAUAUAUUCAGAUAAUGAAAUUCAAUUUCAUUCGUCAUCCCUGCAGAAUAAAAUAGGAAGCUUUACUGAGUCCCUUCUUGCAGAAUCUAUGAAUGAAAAAGCUAAGUUGGGGUUAAUAGAAGACUAUGGACAACAUACUUCUCUAUACUCCCCAGGCCUUCGAAAUUGGAGCAAUAUUCCAACUGGUAGUUCUGUGGGAAGCUUGGUUGAUGUAAAACAAUUUAAAACUAAUAUUGCCAAGUUACAUAAAGAUCACAUUUCAGAAGACUCUUUGUAUAUCUCCCAUAGUUCAAACUUAAAUACAAAAGCUGAACGUCCAAAUAUUCAGCCAAUCAGUGAUUUGAAAUUGGAAUCCAUUGAUGAUGAAGAUGAAUAUUUGUAUGGAGAUUCUAAUUCAAUUCCAGAGCUUUCUGUCAAAGAAAUAUCCAAACCUUCAGAAGAAAUACCUGUGAAAAAUGAGAGUGCUUGGAGUGAUGAAGAAGAGUUGUCUGACCUUCAUAGAAGGUCAACUCCAAACUCAUGGGAAAGUUCUGAGUGGCGAACAGGUUAUAAACCGACAUCCAGCUCUGAGAGGGCUUUGUCUCAAAUUUCAAAAGAAAAAAGAAGUGCUAUGCAGAAUUUAGAUGUUGUUCAAACUAAAAAUAAAUUGCCUCCUAGUGAUAAAUUAACUAAAGGUAAAACUUCUCAUGUUAAACCUCAAAUUUUAUCUUCAACUUUAAAAAAGAAACCCGAUUCUUUUGCAAAAUAUUCUGAUGAAACUAAAUUGAAAGAUUUAACUUCUGAAUUAAAAAGUACCAUGUCUGUUAAAAAGAAAUCUUCUCAGAUUCCCCUGAAAGAGCUACCUUCUGAAAAAAGGUCUAAAUAUUCUGUACCAGCUGAACUUAGGAAGAAAAGUUCGGUUAUGAUAGCAGAAAAACCAGAUGACAAUGUGAAAAAGAAGCUGUUAGAUGAUAAAAAAAGUCAAAAAUAUCCUGAAAGAGAGGUUAGAAGUAAACAACUGCUUUCUGAAAAAGAGGUUUCAAUUCUCUCACCUUCCAGACUGGAAAAGAUUUAUGUAAAUAUAAAUCGGGAUGAAACUUUUUCUAAAAAGCGGACGGUAUUAGUGAAAGAAACUACAGAUUCAUUCCCUGACUUGGAUGACUGCGAAAUAAUACCUUCAAUGCAAAAGGAAACUACCAAUAAAACUAAGUUUAAUAUUGUGCAGAAGGACACAUUGCCUUUCAGUCUUUCAGAAAAGUAUAGUGUUGUUCCUCAAAGAACUGUGAGAAAUGUUUCGGACAGUCCUACUCUGAAACGUGUAGUACACAAUACUGCUCUUAAUCCUGCAAAAGAAACCCAAUCGACCAAAACAGUUGUAGGGAAAGAAGAUUUUAAGGUUGUUAAAAAUGUAAGUGAACUCACAAUACCAAAACCGCAGGAUGUUAAUGUUCUUGAAAAGAAAGUUGCUACAAAUAUCAAGGAGAAAAGUAUUAAAAAAAAUUCUCCAACUGAUACCCAACCUCUUCCUAAAACCAUGGUGCAAAAGAAGGCUAAAUAUUAUCUAUCAAGUGAGAAAAGCCCUGCUCACUAUGCGGCUGAAGCAAGUCCUUAUGGUUCACGUGAAAGAAGUCCAAGAAGGCAUUCACGGGAAAGAAGCCCAAGGCAUCAUUCACGUGAAAGAAGCCCAAGGCGUCAUUCACGUGAAAGAAGCCCAAGGCGUCAUUCACGUGAAAGAAGUUCUAGGCAUCAUUCGCGUGAAAGAAGACAUCAUGACCAUUAUUCACGUGAAAGGAGUAGAAGUCCUAGGCACCAUUCAUAUGAAAGAAGUCCAAGGCACCAUUCAUAUGAAAGAAGUCCUAGGCACUACUCACAUGAAAGAAGCCCUAGACACUACUCAUAUGAAAGAAGUCCUAGACACUACUCACAUGAAAGAAGCCCUAAACACUACCCACGGGAUAAAAGCCCCAGAAGACAUUCGCGGGAAAGAAGUCCUAGAUAUCAUUCAUAUGAAAGAAGUCCUAGACAUCAUGCACAUGAAAAAAGUCCCAAACGGUAUGAAAGUGAUUCAAGGUAUGAAGAUUACAAGUCUCGUGGAAGGUCUGGAAGCUCUUAUGCUAAACCUCCAUCUUGGGAGCAUGGUGCACAUGAAUCUCGCCGAAGCCAUAAAGAAUAUCCUCUUGGCAAAAGUCAACUUGAUGAAAAUCUUUACAAGAGCUAUUCGCAUGAGAGAGACUUGAAUGAAGGAUUGUUGGAGCAAAGUUCAGAGGAGUCUUCACACAGUAGUCCAGAGAGGACUGUGAGCGGGAAAAAUCGUAGCUUCCCAGGAUCGAAAUCUUCAAAAUUACCCUCAUCAGAUAGCGUGGAUACUUCACCUAGUGAAAGAGAAGAUGAUCUCACAAAAAAAUUGGCAUUGUUGAGAAAAGCCAAAAUGAUUACAGAUAGUGGCGCAAAGAAAAGUGAUUUAGAAAAAUCUCUGCCGUCAAAGGAAGAAAAAGUGGUUAAGGGUAAUGUAGACGAUAUUAACAUUUUAGGUAUUGAAGAGAAUGAUGCGAAUGAAGAGGCAGCUGUAAGUGAAGUUUCAAAAGCUCAGAGCAUUCAGAAGAUAAGCUUUGUUAUAAAUAGGAAGCAACUGCCCACUGAAGUAUCGCAUCCAGUUGAGAGUCCUCUGGGCGUACUAACUAAAAAUGAAGCACCAGUGUCGGGAAUUCCAUCGAUAAUUUCUCCACCUUCAGUUGAACCUCCUGUUCAUCCGUUUCAGCAAUAUGGAUAUUCACCAAUGGUCCCUAGUAGUUAUCCUCCCAGUAAUUUCCCAUAUCCAGCAGUGCCACCUGCACCACCUAUGAUGCCAUAUAGCUUCCCUCCCACCAUUCCUCCCACCAUUCCUUACUAUCCAACUGAAAUAGAUCCAACACCUAAGAUUGUGAAAAGACCUGUUCAUAGAGUGUGCAGUUUGAAAAACAUACCAACAGUUUCUGAUGUAAAUUCUGCCGUUUCCCAUGACCCUACAUCGCCUGAGAAAUUUUCGGAAAUGCAAGUUUACAACCAAAAUCAUCCUGGUGAAUAUAUUACUACUGAUUCCAGAAAUUAUACAAACAGUGACAUAGCAGCAGAACCUGCACACCAAACAAUGAAGAAAAGUGGUUUAAUUCAGAUUUCUUGCAAGCAGCCUCCUACUAAGCAAAACCCUGUUGCCACAGAUGAGAAAGCUGCAAUAAAUACUCAUAUUGAAAAUUACAAAAAACUCUUGGAAGAUCGUAAUCAACUUUUGAAAAAAUUGAAAAUGCACAACAAAACUGUUUCUGAUUUAGAUGCAGCCAAAACAAAUAUAGAAAGGAAAUGUCCGAAAGUUAAGAGCACAUUUGACAGACAGAUCUGUUCACAGUUUGAAAGUUUGAUUGAAAAUACAAAGCUGGAGCUGACCAGAGUUAUUGAAAUGUCAAGAAAUGUAACAAGCGAAUUACAAAAGCUAAAAGUAAAAAUUCCUCCCCAACUUUUGUCCCAAAUCCAAGAAAGCGUUAAGACUACGGAGUCGGAACCGGAAUCAUCUGUGGUAUACAAUUUCUUUGAUUCCGGAAAUCAUUGGUGUCAACAUUGCAAUAAAGCCUUUGCAACUAUUCCAAUGUUGUUGCAGCACUUUCAUAUUCCUGGUCAUCCUCCGUGUUUUGAUUUUAUGAAAAAACCUUGGCAUUCCAAAGAAAAAGAAUCUCCUAAUCCUGACCAAUUAAAAGAUGCAAAGUUAGAAUCAGUGAAAGGAGUUGAAUUCUUAGUUCCUGUUUCUGGAUUUUACUGCUCCUUAUGUCAUAAAACUUUUCCAGAUGCCAAUUUUGCUGAAAAGCAUGUAAAGAGCCAUGAUCACUUUCUGAAAUAUAAGACUCAUAUAAAAGAAAAUCCAGUUUAUGAAAAUAUAAAGGUUUUAGUUAGAAGUUUCGAGCAAGCUCAUUUUCAAAAGGAAAGAAGGAAACGUGAAGAAGAAGAAAAACAGCUUUUAGCUAUAAAACGUAAAAAGGUAUCAGAAGAGAAAGUUAAAGAAAUAAAAUCACAAAUCGAGACUGAAAAACAAAAUGAGAAAACAGUUACAGAAUUAUGCGAUGAUAAUGUAAGCAAUCAGCGCAGUAAGAACGAUAAUGCAACAUCUAACAUUAAGUUGCAUUUGGUGGAAGAGAAAAAUUCAGAAAUUUCCAAACAAGUUAAGACUAAUGCCAAACCUAAUUUCAUUGGGCGAGCUCCGAAUUAUAAGUCUCGUUUAAAAACCAAAUCGCAUACAGAAGGCUCCCCAUAUGAUGUAAAAAAUGCAGCAGAAUCUAAAAAGGAAGGAAAGCAGAUUCAAGUCAUUGUAACUGGUGCUGUAAUCAAACCUAAAACCCCCAAUCAGUUAGAAAAUGAAAAAUCACAAAAGGAAACAAAUAAACCCAAAGAAGCUGCAAAAAUACUACCAUCUAUAAAAACUGAUAACUCACCUGUUAAAAAAAGUGCAGAAAAUGUUGGUACUACUUCAAACUCAACUGUUCAGUUAUCUGAAAUUAAACUUCCACCUGCACCGUCAUCAAAGAAAGAAGCAAAAGCUACCAAGACAAACAUCCAUCCUGCAAAGCAUUCCGUCGAAGAAGAGAAGGAUUUUCUUAUGUUGGGCAUUAAUAGGAAUGAUUUUGAACCAUUAGCUGUUCCAAAACCGCCACCAGCUAAUUUGAUUCAAAAUGUUGCAAGUCCUUCCAGGGAUACCAACACAACAAGAAAUACCAGUUCAAUGCAGUCAGCAAUCACACAAAAAAACUCAGAGGGGAUUUCUAGUGCACCAUCUCAAGUUUUUUCUCCUAACAGUGCACAAGGUAUGUCUCCUGUAAACAUUGCCCCAAGUGCUCCUCAUGUGAUACAGUAUACAUCAUCUUCUGUGCCAGCAUUCAACCCUUCAUACCCCCCACCGGAAACCUGUCGGAGUGCUGUGCAGUCCACUUUGCCUAUUCCACCUUUUCCUCCACCUCUGCAGGUGCCACCUCCUAAUGUUAUUCUAAAAUGUGCACAGAGUAAUGUUCAUUUACCAGGUCCAGGCCAACACAAUCUUUCUCAAUAUUCUGUUACAUCUCCCCAAAAAUUUUCAAAUGUUCCUUUUGCUCCUACCUUAAAUGCUAUGUCAAAUGCUAAAAGUUCUUUUGAUCAAAGCUCGCCAACUAAAACAGAACAUCAUUCACAUAGCAAUUUGCCAGUGGUGAAUGUCAGUACAAAAAAUUGUGCUAAUGAUGGAAAAACAGGCAAUAAAGCUAUUACUCCUUCUAAGGAUAGCAUUAAAUCUGGUAAAUCAGAACCAAGUUCUAUAGUUAAACAUGAUAUGUGUGUUCAAACAUCUUCUAAUACCUCCAAAAAGAAUGAGAAUAUUACCAAAAAAAUUUUUAAGCCUGGAGCUAACACGGAUGAAUCCAAAAUGUCUGGGAGUUCUGUAUCUACUACUGAAUCAAAGAAAAUUAAUGCAGUUGACCCGAAACCUCAAGUUUCUUCAGAGUUAAGUAAUUUACCUACAGAAACUGGUAAUAAUUUAGAAAAGGAAAUACAAGAAGCAAGUCCUGAAAUUUCUGAUGAACCUGACAAAAUAAUUUCUACAGAUGUGGAUUUCGGAGCAUUCUUUACAAUGUCAUCAAUGACAAGAGAAAAGAGAAAGAAUGUAGAAAAUGAAAAUAGUGAAGUUGACGAAGAGCUGUGCAUCAAAAAUGCUUCUUGUGCUGAGAAGAACAGUGUGUCUUCUUCAGUGCCGGAAGCAAAGAAAAGAAAGUGUGAACUGUUAAGUGUGAGUGCUAGUUUUGAUACAAAGAGUAGUGAUGUUCAGUUGGAUAAGCCUGAGUUUCCUGGAAAAAAUGAUUCGUUUGAUCCUCCUAACAUAUCUGAGUCUGAACCAUCACUUGCAGGUAGUAACCUUCCUCAAGUAAUUGUGGAUGACAGUUGUCUCUCAAAAAGUACAACUGAUGGAACUGAAAUUGCAGUUUCACUAAAUAAAGAAAUGAGCAGUAACCAAAACUCUGAGGCAGAGAAAGGAAAAUGUGAACUGUCAAGUAUGAGUACUAACAGUAGUGGAUUUCAGUCGGAUAAGCCUAAAUCUCCUGGCAAAGAUAAUGGUUUGAUUGACCCUCCUAAUAUAUCUGCAUCUGAACCAUCACUUGAAGGUAGUAACCUUCCUAAAGCAACUGUGGACAGCAGUUGUCUGUCAAAAACUACAACUGAUGGAACAGAAAUUCCAGUUUCAGCAAAUAGAGAAAAUACAAACAGUGACCAAAAAUUCUGUGAUCUAAAGGAGGAUAAAGAAAAGGCUAAAGACUCAUACUCACAGAAAGAUUUAAGUACAUCUUACAAAAAUGAUAACAGUUCAUCUGCUCAAAAAGAAGAUAAUAAUUUGGGAAGUAUAAAUAUAACUUCUGAUGCAAAGUCUGCUUCUUUUCAGAACAGAACAGUUGAACCUUCAGACACUGAAAAUAUUUCUCUUCUUGAAGUAAAUUCUUCUGAAAAGUCACAUGACCAUGGUAAAUUUUCUGGAGUUAGCAGUUCUUUAGAAAACACAUCUGAAGGAAUUGAAAGUGUAAUUUUACAAAGUAGUGAAAGCGCGACCAUCAGUCAAAGGAGUGAUGCAUGUGCAAGUGAUGAAUCUUGUAGUUUGAAUGUUACUGAAGAAAAUAAGAAAGACAUUAAUCCAUCUGAUAAACCUUCUCUUUCUGAAAAUAAGCCUGUUGUUAAAUUUGAUGUAAACGCAUCUGAAGGAAGUGAAGGUAUAAUUUUACAAAGUAGUGAAAGUACCACCAUCAGUCAAAGGAGUGAUGCAUGUGCAAAUGAUGAAUCUUGUAGUUUGAAUGUUACUGAAGAAAAUAAGAAAGACAUUAGUCCAUCUGAUAAACCUUCUCUUUCUGAAGAUAAACCUAUUGAUAAACCUGAUGUUCACAAUAUUGAAAAUGAAAAGCACAAUUCAAAUUUAGACAUUCAACAUUUGUCAAGUCAAUCCAGUUUGAUUACAGAGUCUGAUAUUAAAUCUGAACUUUCUUCUGAUGUAAUUUCAAAUGAAACAAAUAUAUCCUCAAGUUGUUUAGACCAGAGGACAAAUCUUGUUUCUAGCAUUUCUGAUAUUGAACCAAAAGUUGAACCAGUUACUGUAGACCAAGAUGUUACAUUUAUCAAAAAAGAUGUUGAAACUAAUGAUCAACAAAUAGUUGAUGAUAAAAAAGAAGUACUUAAUGAUGAAGCUCAAUCACAACAUUUAAUUCCCCCUGUUCUUCAUGCAACUGAUGUAAAGAAUUUAUGUGAAUCAAAAUGUUUGGAUGAGAAAUUUUCAUCUAGUUAUAAAUCAAAAGGUACUACUGAUGAGGAUCAAUGUGCAGGCCUUAAUCAUUCUGAAAACGAAACAGAACACCCUAGCUCUGAUUUAAGUGCAGCUACAGAGCCAGAACAGGAAGAGAACUUACUUGAAAAACAGGGUGAAAAAAUUCACAAUUGUGGUUCUGUAAGUCUUGAAGAAAGUCUAGGUUCAGCCAAUUUUUCUUGCCCUCCUGAAAGUGUAAUUGAUGACGAAAACCUAGUUGUGAGUGAAAAACCAAGUAGUUUGAAAGUUCCUGAAGUUGUACUGGAUGAUGCAUGUGCUUUGUCUUCAGCUUGCAUAACUUCAAGCUCUAACCAUUAUUCUAAACAAGAAAAUUCUACAGCUGAUGGAAACUCUACAACCUUGGACAUACAAGAAAAUGAAAAAGAUGAGCAUCAAAAUGACAAUGUACAUAUUCUUACAGGGCAGGUCAAUGUGGAAAAAUCACAGAAUUUAAAAGAGAAGUCGAAGUCUGAGAGUGACCAUAAAAAAGACCUGCUGUACAGUCAUGAAACAUCUACUGAUAAUAUUAUGCAAUGCUCGGCUGAUUCAUCACCCUCCAUCUCUGCACUUAAUGAGCAAAUUUCAGGCACGGAGACUGUUGUAAAUAUCCCUGAUUUGACUCCAAACGCACUCUCUUCAGUUGAUUUAUCAGGGAUAAAAUCCAUACCAACGGAUUUAAGUAACACUGAUAAAGAAGCGACAACUGUUGCUGAAAGGUGCUUGACUGAUGAAAACAUAAGUAAUCCAGCUGUUGUCAAUGCACCUGGUGUUGCUGAAAAUGCUAACUCAGUUUCCCAACAAGGUGCAUUGAGUGAAGAUUUAACUGUUUCUCUUUUGCUGAAGUCAGAUGAUAAAUUGCUUCUGCAGCCUAUUUCAGAUGAUCUUUCAAAAAGUGAAAGUGUAAGCCACCAAACCUGCAUGUCUGAAACUGUGUCUCAAGUUCAUGAAGCUAAAGGUAAUGAAGUUGAGAAAGAGACAGAAAAAAAUGAAAUUGUUGAAUCAAGUGCAGUUCAAGUGUGUGAGGUUCAAGAAGAAAAUGUUUGUGAAAAAAAUGAAACUUGCAAAAAUGAACUGGCAAAAGUUGAUGCCGAUGUGAAAACGGAAGAAUCUGUACCUGACAAGCUCAUAGUUUCAACAAAUACCAAGGAAGAGCCUGCAUCUUGUGAAUUGGUUUCAGAUAUUAUAGAAGAAAACAAGGAUGGUUCUGAUAUCAUUGGGAAUAGUUCUGAAGAAAGAAAAGAAGAUGAUGAAAGGAAGAUAUAAGGAUGAGAAUUCAAACCAGUUUAAUAAAUAUGGAGAUGAUAUGAUUCUUUUUAUAUGUAAAGUUGUAUCUUUUUUUUCUUAUGAGAUAGUAUUAUCUGUAACCAUGUCAUUGUAUUCAUAAUAAAUAUUUGGUUUUUA